AUGCAGGGAUCCAACAAGUUCCAGUCUUCCAAUGACGGGAGGACCCAUGGCAAGCAGCAGAUCACAGUGUCACGGGUGGCCUCGACCAUCUUGCAGCUGGGGGACAGGAAUGGCUCUAAGCUCUCAGACAUUCGCAAGGCGAUCGCCUCGAAGACCGGCUUGCAGCCCACCUUCCUGCAGCUCAAGACCAUUGUCCGCAGAGGCCUUCGAGAAGGAGCGCUGAAGACUUCUUCCGAGAACCGGUUCAUGGUGGACAGAGGAAAUGGCCAGGAAAUUCCUUGCAAGCGCUCAAGACAACGCAGUGAUUCGGCCAAUUCGAGUCGGGGACGUCGACGGCGACAUCGCAGCCGCGGUAGGCGCCGAAGACGCCGACGAUCUCGCCGUCGCCGACGAAGGCGCCGAGGAAGACGCCGAAGAGGUCGACGAAGACGCCGAGGACGACGUCGAAGCGAGGACGACGUCGAAGGCGCCGACGACGAAGGCGAUAGUAAGGCCAGCACUUGCGACGACUCACUGAGCUUAGAACGCCAGAAAAAGCUAAAAAUUUAA